AUGGAAUACAUAAGGGAUGGCUUGCUAAGGAACUUCGACUGCAAUGUAAUAUUAGUAGACUGGUACACUGGUAGCCUUCCUCCCUAUUUGCAAGCAGCAGGGAACACACGACUGGUGGGGGCCAUGAUAGCAGAGCUGAUUAAGUUCCUCAUUUCUGAGACCCAUAGCUCCGUGGACCUAUUUCACGUUGUGGGCUUCAGCCUUGGUUCUCAUAUCGCUGGGUAUUGUGGGAGAAGACUAAAACAAGAGGGGCUAAUACUGCCAAGAAUAACAGGCCUGGACCCUGCUGGGCCACUAUUUUCAACAACACACCCCGCGGUAAGACUGGACCCCACCGAUGCUCAUUUUGUCGACGCCAUCCAUACAGACGGUGACCGCUUUGGUUUGUAUCAAACUUCCGGUCAUUUGGACUUUUAUCCUAAUGGCGGAUUGGACCAAACAGGCUGUUCAAGUUUCAGUAAUGGUAUCCUGAGUCCCCUUUUGUGCGAUCAUUUUCGAGCCACAGAUUACUUCAUCUAUUCACUGUCCCAGCAGUGCAUGCAUUCCAUGAAAGGAUUCCCUUGUAGUGAUUCCAACGGAUUUGAUCGCGCUCGCUGUCUCCAGUGCAAAAAUGGAAACUGUCCCGAAAUGGGUUAUUACGCUGAAGAGUACAGUGCUGGUGGUAAAAUACUGGGAAGACAUUUCUUAUAUACUACAAAAAGUGCACCAUUUUGCGUUCCUUAUUACACCGUAAUCACAUUCAAGACGUCUUGGUCCUGGCCUGUGGGGCUAUUUCGGGCUCGCAUUGUGGUCAAAUUAAUUGGAUCAAAUGGAGAAUCAGAUUUCGUGCUGCUCCAAAGUCGCAGUCUGAAGCGCGGAAGUGAUGAAACCUUCGUAAUGCCUGGAUUAAAUAAUCUGGGAGCCUUGCAGAAAAUUCAAGUACAACAGAAGUAUUUAUCAUGGUUGUUAAAAUGGAAACUCGUCAAAAUAACUGUGAUGAAGCCUGGAUGGACUGGAACUCAAUCAGACAAAAGCAACACACAGUCAUAUUCAGCUUGUUUCAACGCCUAUAUCGGAAGUAGAGGAGUUGUACGGGAUCUACAGCAAGGAGAUGUAUCUUGUUGAGUGUUGUAUCUAUUGAAUGGAGUCUUCCGAAUAAUCAUCUUUGAUUCAUGAUGUGUUUUUGGUAAUAAACGGAUAUAAAGAGGGGAGAAUGAAA